AACUUCAGUCAGUUCAAUACGUUACACGUGCCAGUUGUCAGUGUAAUUGAUAAUACAACAUAUUGUGGAUUCGCGCAAUAUAUAGAUUUGAUUAGUAUAAGUCAAGAUUUUGCAAUAUAUACAAUAUAAGGUUGGGCAAUUUUACCUUUGUCAAAAAUGUAAUUGACAAGUAUAACUUUGUGUAUAGUAAGUUAGUUAUUUUAAUUACAAAAAGUCUGUCAAAAUGAAUAAACUACAACAACAAAAUAAUCAAAUGCUAAAGUAUGUCAGUCUCAUAACACUGACACUCCAAAAUGCUUUAGUAGGACUUAGCAUGAGAUAUGCGAGAAUUCGAGCCGGUGAUAUGUUUCUUUCUUCAACAGCGGUUGUUAUGGCAGAGAUAGUUAAAUGUAUCACAUGCCUUGUUCUAGUUUAUUUUGAAGAAGGAAAUUUGAAAAAAUUUAUAAAUUCUUUAAACGCAACAAUAGUGAAACAACCAAUAGAUACUCUCAAAGUUUGCGUUCCUUCCAUAGUUUAUUUAAUACAAAAUAAUCUUUUGUAUGUAUCAGCAUCUAAUCUAGACGCUGCCACAUAUCAGGUUACUUAUCAAUUAAAAAUAUUGACAACUGCAUUUUUUGCUGUUGUGAUACUCCGAAAAACAUUGAUCAAGAUUCAAUGGGGAGCUUUAGUAUUGUUGUUAAUUGGAGUUGUUCUUGUUCAAAUGUCUGAAAGUGGACCAACCGCAGUACCAUCAGGAAUUUCACAAAAUCGUUUAUUAGGUGUUACUGCUGCACUUGGUGCAUGUUUUCUCUCAGGUUUUGCGGGCAUUUAUUUUGAAAAAAUCCUGAAAGGAUCUGAUAUUUCAGUAUGGAUGAGAAAUGUUCAACUAAGUUUGCUAUCUGUACCAUUUGGGUUACUAAGCUGUUAUGUAAAAGAUGGUGAUCUCAUAAGUAAGCAAGGAUUCUUUUUUGGAUAUGACUGGUUUAUUAAUUAUUUAGUUGUACUUCAAGCUGGAGGUGGAUUAAUUGUGGCAUUAGUUGUCAAACAUGCGGAUAAUAUUCUUAAAGGUUUUGCUACAUCUUUAGCUAUUAUACUUUCAUGCAUUGCAUCAAUAUAUUUGUUUAAUUUCAAAUUAACACUGCAGUUUGCAUUAGGUGCUAUUUUAGUCAUUUGCUCAAUUUUUAUGUACAGUCAUCAGCCAAAAUCCAAGCCUAUAAGUAAACAAUCACUUUUAGAAAAAAUUUAAUAAAGAUUUUAAUCAUUGGUUUUUUAUUUUUUUAAAUUAAUAUGUUUUA